AUGGCGUCCGGAGGCGCCGCCCGCGGUCGCCUCGCUGAGGAGCGCAAGGCGUGGCGCAAGAGCCACCCCCACGGGUUCGUGGCGAAGCCGGAGACGCUGCCGGAUGGGUCCGUGAACCUCAUGGUCUGGAAGUGCGUCAUCCCCGGCAAAGAGGGGGCCCUCUUUGGAGGACUCGUCCUAAGGUUCAGCUUCAACAUUGUUGGGCUCCUGUGUGUGCUGUAG